GAAGCGGUGUAAUGGGCAGCGCAGGACGACCAGCUGUGGUCUCCGAUCAUGGAAGAAUGCGCAAAAUUAGGCGUGCUUGCAGUUAAUCACCUGCGAAGGGUGGCGAGGAGAGUCCUUGAGCGGUGCGUGUUACAUGUAUCGACACAGGAAAAAAGUGCCUUCGCAUAUGCCAGUGUUUCCAAUGGCUCGCACUGACGCCACACGAUGAGGGGCUGGACGUGGGGUUGCUUCAAGUUCCCUUCGCAGCUCAGCAUGUGUGAUCAACAUUUUCCGUGUUCUCCCGAGGCGGCCUUCUUGACAGCGACACUUAUCCUUCGUGCCUGUCUUUGCUCGCACCCAUAUCUCUAACGUCAACACCGCAACCAUGGCCCGCCAAUUCUUCGUCGGCGGCAACUUCAAGAUGAACGGGACCAUCGAGUCCAUCAAAGAAAUCAUCCACCGCCUGAACGACUCCAAGUACGACCCCAACACUGAAGUCGUGAUCGCUCCUCCAGCUCUUUACCUCCUCCUCUGCCGCGAACACUUGAAGAAGGGCAUCGAGGUAGCGGCACAGAACGUCUUCGACAAGCCCAACGGCGCCUUCACCGGCGAGAUCUCCGUCAGCCAGCUGAAGGACAGCAACAUCACCUGGACUCUCCUCGGCCACAGUGAGCGGAGGGUGAUCCUGCAAGAAACGGACGCUUUCGUCGCAGCCAAGACAAAGGCUGCGCUGGAUGGCGGUAUAGGCGUGAUUCUGUGCUGUGGUGAGACACUGGAGCAGAGGGAAGCGAACAAGACGCUCGACGUAGUCACUGCACAGCUCUCGGCUGUUGCGAAGGAGGUCAAGGACUGGAGCAAGAUCGUCGUGGCCUACGAGCCGGUGUGGGCAAUUGGCACGGGCAAGGUCGCAACCACGGAGCAGGCGCAGGAGGUGCACGCAGCGAUCCGGAACUGGAUGAGUAAAGAAGUCAGCAGCGAUGCAGCAGAGAAGACGAGGAUCAUCUAUGGUGGUAGCGUGAGUGAGAAGAACUGCCGUGACCUGGCUAAGGAGAAGGAUAUUGAUGGCUUCUUGGUCGGUGGUGCGAGCUUGAAGCCGGCGUUUGUGGACAUCCUCAAUGCCAAAGCAUGAGCGCCUGUAUGGUAGACGGUAAGCAAAAAGCGUCAGCACUUGAGGCACGGAGGAAAAAGCAGUGCGCCACAAUGUGGUCCUCACACUGCUCCAUUUUAGAUAUGCACAAGCUAGUCUUGUCCAGCCUCAUUGCCUCAUUGAUACAUGACAUUAACAUUAAGAGUACAGUGAGGCAAAAGGAACCAGCCCGUCGCUGUGACUGACGGGGCAGGAGGAAACAUCAACAGCGACUCCACUACGUCUUCUGGACGAUUUACGUGGUAGACCCUAAUUACGCCUUGUUUGCCUUUUUGCAGUUGGAUCGAACGCUCGUCGCAUACUUUCUUGCCCAGUGGGAAGGAUUUCAACUAGACCUCGACAGCUGAUUGGGGGUGCGAGAUUGCUGUCUGGGUCAUAUA